AUGAUCCAUCAGAUAUCGUCAAGUAACCCCGGGACUCAAGUAUUCAGGAGACAACGUCAACACCCCAGGGAGCCAAAUGAAGAAAUACUUGACCGUUUAUUCUGGGCAUUCUCCCAGGCUAUACAGGCAUUCCAACACUGUCGUCCGGUGAUAUCUAUAGAUAGUACCUUCCUCACUGGAAAGUACAAGGGCACACUCCUGUUGGCGAUCGCAAUAGAUGCAAACAAUCAGCUCCUUCCUAUUGCAUAUGCAUUGGUGGAGAGCGAGAAUAAAGAUAGCUGGUUCUGGUUCCUGUGCUGCUUAAAGAUUUCAGUUGUCGGAAAUCUCCCUGAUGUUUGCAUCGUCUCUGAUCGCAACACGGGGCUAUUGAGCGUGCUAGAAUUUUUGAAGGUGGCACAAGAUCCUGAAUGGGGGUGGCCCGAUCUAGAGACAAGGUGGUGCAUGCGGCAUUUGGCAACCAAUUUUUACUCAAAAUUCAAGAACAAGGAUUGGUUCAAGUUGUUCAAGAGAAUGUGCAUGCAGAAGACAACAGAGAAGAUGAAUGCAAUUUGGAGUGGAAUCAAUGCAGAAAUUGAGAAAGCUGCAUUGCCACAGAGAACAAAUCGGAGGGGUCAAACCAGGACAGUUAAUUUGUCUAUGUGGAUUGCCGAGAGUUGCCCCGAUUUUAGCAAGUGGGCGCUUGCUUACGACUCUGGGGCUCGGUACGGCAUAAUGACCACCAACAUGUCAGAGGUGUACAAUGGCGUGCUGAAAGGUGUGCACGCCCUCCCUAUCACGGCGCGGAUUAAUGAAACUUGGAACCGGACUUUGUCGUACUUUGCAGACAGAGUUCAGGUUGCCAACGCUUGGGACGCAAUGAACAAGCCAUGGUCUGAAAAGAUGCAGCGACAUCUCAACGAGAAAGUCAAAAAAGCACAAAGCCAUGGUUUCCGUCAAAUUGAUGCACUUAGGAAUAAGUGGGAAAUACAUGUACGCGCCAAGUUUGUGAGAGGUCACCACAGAGGCUCAAGAAAGCAUGUUGUCACCCUCGGACCUAGCUCAUGUGAGUGCAGUUGUAACAAGCCAAAACUUUUGGGAUACCCCUGUAGUCAUGUCCUCAAGGCUGCUUCAGCACAGAACAUCAGCGUGGAGACCUACAUAUCUCCGUACUUCAACACAUACAAUCUACUGCACACAUGGAACGGUGAGUUCUGGACAUGGGGCAUUGGGCAACACUAUAGGGAUGUAUGGCCGGAUAAAUCCACCAUAUGGGUUCCGGACCCGAUGUUGAAGAGGACCGCGAAGGGUCGACGCCAAUCUCGUCAUCAUAGAAAUGACAUGGACCAUAGUCCGAGUCAACGCAAGCGGAUGCAGCGCUUUUUCCCUUGA